AUGAGGCGGCUGAGUUUGUUGGAUGAUGAGAAGGAAGAAGAGAGAAAGAGGGAGAAAACAAGAGAGAAGAAGCUUUAUGAAGCGGCCAUGGGUGGCUCCAUAGCUUCACUGCUUGAAUUUCUCCAUGAAGACCUUUCUUCUGCCUCUGAUACGCCUCUCCACAUUGCAGCUCUUCUGGGUCGCUCAGAUCUCGCCAAAGAACUACUGGGUCGAAGGCCCCAGCUGGCCAAAGCUCUGAAUUCCCGUGGAUCAUCGCCUCUACACGUUGCAUGCGCAAAAGGGUACGUGGAAAUAGUGAAGGAAUUGCUAUCGUUCAUCCCUGAUGUGUGCUUUAUGUUGGAUUCAGAUGGGAUUAGCCCUCUCCAUCAUACUGCAAUCAAGGGCAGAGCCAAGAUUCUGACAGAGUUGGUGCGAGUUAAACCGGAGGCGACUCGGGUGCUGACUGGCAGAGGAGAGACUGGGCUUCACUUGUGUGUGAAGUAUAAUCGUUUGGAGGCCCUGAAGGUUUUGGUAGAGUCCAUGGAUAGAGAAGACGGGAUUAUGAAUUGGAAGGAUGAUGGUGGCAACACUGUUCUGCAUCUUGCAGUGGCAAAGAGGCAAAUUGAGGACUUGAAUCAGGAUGUGCCAUUAGCUCUGCCUGUGAUAAAAUUUUUGCUCUCUAGCACUGGCAUUGAAGUCAAUACCCAAAAUGCAAAUGGAAUCACAGCACUGCAUGCUCUAUAUCAAAGUCCAAGAGAUUUAAGAGACAGAGACAUCAAAGAGUCCCUUCAAUGUGUUUCCAACCACACAGCUAUCCAAGAUGGAGAAGAUAGUUCCAAAGAGCCUGUUGUGAAGCAUGAACACAUCGACUGGUUAGACAGAAAGCGAAGCGCAUUAAUGGUUGUGACAUCGCUAAUUGCUACUGUGUCCUUUGAACUUGGAAUAACCCCACCAGGAGGUGUUUGGGAAGAUGAUUCAGACCAACACCAAGCAGGAAGGUCAGCGAUGGCUGAUAAACGUCCAGACGAAUAUGGGCAAUUCAUGAUUUUAAACACAAUAUCUUUCCUCGCAUCGUUAAGCAUAAUUUUGUUACUUAUCAGUGGAUUACCUCCAAGACGAUGGCGAUGGCUGUGGACUCUGAAGGUGAUCACUUGGAUCGCAAUCACAACACAGACUGGUACAGACUUCAUGUCUUUGAAACAAAUGGUGCCGGAUUUUGCAGAGGAUGUUUAUGAGAAGGUGACCUCAUAUUCAGUGUUGAUCUGGGUGUGUAUAACUGGGCUUGUGUUUGUUGGUAAUGUCAUUAGAAUGGUGUUACGGUUGCUGAGAAAGUAUGAAUUUCUUGAGGAGAAACCAGGACCAGCUCCAAUUUGUAUAGGGAUAUUUGAUUAAAAAAAAAAAA